AAUUUUUCCGAAACUUGUGAUAAAUAGUUUGUCUCAUUUGAUGUUUCAUUUUACUUGUGACGUCAAAUCUCAUAUUUUUGAAUAAGAAUAUAUAGCUAAGUUCAUAUUCCUUGAGGUUUGGUGGCCAUCAUGGCGAAUCGGUUAAAUUGUAGAGUUGUAUUACCUGGAGAAAGCAUUUCAAAUUUUAUUUCUGGGCUAGUAUCUGAUAAUUUUAAAACUGUAUUAGGUCCAGGACUUCAAAGGCAUUCAGACGAAAUUGUUGUUACGAAAUGUGGCAUUUUAAAGUAUAAAAAACCAAAUUUAGUUUGGGUGGAGUCACAUGAGAAAAGAUAUGUACCUGUAAGAGGUGAAUAUGUGAUUGGGAUCAUUACAACUAAAGGAAGUGAGGUAGUAAGAGCUGAUAUUGGUGCUGGUGAUUCUGCUGUGUUGUCCUUGUUGAGUUUUGAAGGAGCAACCAAAAGGAAUAAGCCAAAUUUACAGGUUGGAGAUUUAGUUUAUGCUCGAGUGUUAGUUGCCAGCAAAGACAUGGAGCCAGAGCUAGUCUGCGUGAACAGUCAUGGGAAGAGUGGAGAACUCGGAGUUCUGCCUAGUAGUGGAUUUUUGUUCACGGUCCCCUUGAACCUUGUUAGAAAAAUUCUGUGUCCUUCAUGCCCUCUUCUGAAAACGCUGGGUGAGAGAAUUCCCUACGAAAUAACAGCAGGAGCUAAUGGUCGGGUUUGGAUCAAUGCCAACACCAUACAGAAUACCUUAUUAGUGUAUAAUGCUAUUUCUUUUGCUGAGCAUAUGACUCCUGAAGAGGUUAAUAUAAUGUGUUCAGAAAUUUUACAUGGUAAUCAAGAAGCAACUUUAGUAACAAUGCUUAAAUAAAAAUGCUUUUCAAUUACAAGAGUUGUCAAAUAAAAAUUUGAAGAAGGAUAAAAUAUUUUUAUACA